GAAAGGGAAAGGGCAGCAUCACAGUGCAGCAAGUGAAAAUAGAGAAUUCAGACGCACUGAAGUGUGGGGAGACAGAUUACUGAUCGAUCUGGCUUAUACCCAGUUUGUUCAAUAUGCACUGUUAGCAGCCGUCUCAGGAACCAGCCGUUGAGGUGAAUAUGCACUGUUAGCAACCAUCAGCGUGUCUGCUUUUUUACAUGUCAGAUGAGGGAAAUGCAGAUAGGUAUGUGAGCUGUGGACAUCAGGGACCAUGGAGCUUUGACCCUGUGAGCUGUGGACAUCAGGGGAUCGUGGAGCUUUGACCCUGUGAGCUGUGGACAUCAGGGGACCAUGCAGCUUUGACCGUGUGGAGAUCACACUCCGUCAGCCACUAUGUCUGUUGAAAGUUGCAGAAGCCUCUUGCAACUCUCGGAAAUUUCACAGCCUGUGUUCUCUGUGUAUGUUACAAUUUCUACAUCAGGACAGACUUGGCAGAGUUGGAGCAGGUCGUAUAUGAAUUUGACAUUAUAGCAGAGAUUGGUUACAGUAGGAAGUAUGGAAACCACAGAGAGUGAAGAGGCACGGGCAUUUAGGAGGGAUUCUGUAGAUGAUCCCGAGAACCCAGUGUGUGGUGAACCUCCCGCACCUUCCACAGACAGGCUCAUAUUCUCCAAUGAUCAGCUGCCCAGAAGUACCCUUUUGGUAGAGGGUGACGGGUCACAUUUCAGCGGCAGGCAGGUGGGAGAUGUCGAGGGCUGCCCAAGCCCCAUUGACAGUUCCAGCAGUGGUUACACCCUCAACAGUCAGUACGAGUUCCUAAGGGGUAAGACAGAGAAGGAUGAGUAUGUCCAACAGAGGCUUGCUGAGGACAUGAGUGAGGACUCUAAGCAGAGAGAAUGCGGCAUCGGCCACUUCCGUCCGUCUUGUCUCCAGCCCUGUGCCGAUAUCCGCAUGUUUAUCUUUGUCACGUCGAUGCUGAUUGCAGUGAGCACAGGGCUGUCCGCGGGAUACUUCAACAGUGUCAUCACAACUAUUGAGAAACGCUUUGAAAUCGGCAGUUCCACGUCUGGCCUCAUCGCUGCAUCGUACGAGUUUGGUUCAUUGGUUGCCGUUGUCUUCGUGAGCUACCUAGGCGGCCGUAGACACAUUCCAAAGUGGAUUGGCCUGGGUGUCGUAUGUAUGGGCAUCGGGGCGCUUCUGUUUGCGCUUCCUCACAUCAUGGCGGAGAAGUACACAAAGCGUGGCGGCAUCGACCUGAACUCGACAGAAGAGAACAUCUGCAGCCGCUUGUCUGGCAGUGCACGCCUGGAUGAGGCGUUUUGUGUGGACGAGCAUUCUGGGAACUUUGUGUACGUAUUGAUUCUGGUGGUGGCUCAGGUACUGAUAGGGACAGGGGGCACUCCCAUCAUGACCCUGGGCACAACCUACGUGGACGAUCAUGUGCCCAAGGAAAAGGCACCUGCUUAUCUAGCUUUUAUCUACGCCAUGGGCGCCCUGGGCCCAGUGUUGGGUUUCACACUGGGAGCGUUGUUGUUGCAGUAUUAUGUGGACUUGUUCUCGUAUGAUGUUAACCUGACACCAUCAGACCCCCGCUGGGUGGGGGCCUGGUGGGGUGGGUUCAUCAUCUGUGGGGGUCUACUCCUCAUGCUCUCCGUGCCAUUCCUCGCAUUUCCCAAAAAACUGAUAAAAGAACAGCGAAAGCUCCUGGAUUUGAAGGUGAAGGAAGAUCUGUUGAAACCAGCAGAUCAUGAGGCUAACGAGGAGUUUGGGAAGACCAUUAAAGACAUUCCCAAGUCAAUACUGGCACUGAUGAAGAACCGUGUGUAUUUUGUUCUAUGCCUGGGCAUCUGUUGUGAAAUCUCUGUCACCAGUGGCUUUGUUGUCUUCAUCCCCAAAUACCUGGAGACUCAGUUCGGAGUCAGCAAAUCUCAGGCUAAUCUCUUCACAGGUGGAGUGGGAAUCCCCGGGGCGGUGCUGGGAAUCAUGGUCGGGGGUUAUGUCCUGAAGAGAUUUCAACUUCGUCCUAAAGGUGCCAUCCAGAUGAUCCUUGCCCUAAACCUGAUUUCAUUGGCUGGAUUUUCCGUGUUCUUUUUCCUGGGUUGUGAUAAUUUAAAGCUGGCGGGUGCCACAGAGCCAUAUGUCAGGCAUCUUAGUAAUGUGUCUGUCUACAGUCUACCUAAGACCAAUCUUACAUCCUCAUGUAACCUGGAUUGUGACUGUUCAUCAAACGAGUUUGAGCUGAUCUGUGGCGUGAACGGGAUCACAUAUUUCUCACCAUGUCAUGCCGGCUGCACGAGGUACUACGAGUCCGUAGUACAGCACGAGCGCCUCCUGAAUUACACAGGAUGUUCCUGUAUCAGUGACGAACCAGUAUCCCCAGAGGUCAUCAUGUCCCCCCUGGCCACCAACGGGCCAUGUAAGACAACCUGUGAUAGCAUGUUACCGUUCCUCAUCCUGCUGGUUGUCAUGACAUUCUGUGUUUCUGGUACACACAUGCCCCUUGUCAUGGUCACUCUCAGAAGUGUGGCGGAAGAAGAGAGAGCAUUUGCAUUGGGAAUGCAAUUUGUCAUUCUCCGAUUAUUUGCUAAUAUUCCAGCCCCAAUAAUGUUUGGCAACAUUAUUGACACUACUUGUAUGUUGUGGAAACAGAAAUGUGAAAAUGUUGGUGCUUGUUUUUUUUACGACAUUGUACAGUUCCGGUAUAAAUAUGUAGGCAUAUCAGCGGCUCUUAAUGCCCUUGGGUGUGGCCUGUUCUUUGUGGUCUGGUUGUUGAUCAAACAACGUUACACACAGGAAGGUCCAGGUGCCAUGGCCAAUAUGAGUGAUUUGGUGGCCUCCAUGUCCUCCAUCGACCGCCUAGACCUCAGCAAACCCAUAUUCAGUCCUCAGAAAACUCCACUUAGUCCCACCAGUUUGACCUUGGAGGUGAACCCUAUGACGUCAGGUGACUCCGUCGACACCACCUCAAGGGGAGAUAACCCUGAUGUGUACUCCACCACACCCAUAUAAUGGUAGCUUUGAUACAGUAGACUCUGUUAAACACUUCAUCCAUUUCCCGUGUGUUUGACGAUCACAUUUUGACAGAUUAUUUAUCAUGUAUUUGUCGAUAAUUUUUUGACAGAUUAUUUCUCAUGUGUUUGUGGAUCACAUUUUGACAGAUUAUUUCCCAUGUGUUUGUAGAUCACAUUUUGACAGAUUAUUUCUCAUGUGUUUCUGGAUCACAUUUUGACAGAUUAUUUCUCAUGUGUUUCUGGAUCACUUUUUGACAGAUUAUUUCUCAUGUGUUUCUGGAUCACAUUUUGACAGAUCAUUUCUCAUGUGUUUGUGGCUCACAUUUUGACAGAUUAUUUCUCAUGUGUUUCUGGAUCACAUUUUGACAGAUCAUUUCUCAUGUGUUUGUGGAUCACAUUUUGACAGAUUAUUUCUCAUGUGUUUGUAGAUCACAUUUUGACAGAUUUAUAAAAGAGUAUAGGUUUUAAUAUAUCACCAGUAAUACCAUUCUGUGAAAUAUAUCACCAGUAAUACCAUUCUGUGGAAUAUAUCCCCAGUAAUACCAUUCUGUGAAAUAUAUCCCCAGUAAUAUCAUUCUGUGAAAUAUAUCCCCAGUAAUACCAUUCUGUGGAAUAUAUCCCCAGUAAUACCAUUCUGUGAAAUAUAUCCCCAGUAAUACCAUUCUGUGAAAUAUAUCCCCAGUAAUACCAUUCUGUGGAAUAUAUCACCAGUAAUACCAUUCUGUGGAAUAUAUCCCCAGUAAUACCAUUCUGUGAAAUAUAUCACCAGUAAUAUCAUUCUGUGAAAUAUAUCCCCAGUAAUGCCAUUCUGUGGAAUGUGGUGAAUGUGUAGUUUUGUGAACCCGUGUAUAUACCCAUUAACAAUUCACUCAUUUUGUUCUGUUGUUUUUAGGGGUUUAUUGUUUUGUGAGUUCAAGAGUACAAUGUUAAGCAACGAUCAAUUGAUCUGUUAUAGUUUGCUGCCAGGGACAUAUCAGCAGAUGAUGUAGUUGUUUAAAGGCGCUUAUUUUGAUGCACGUUUGUUGCAUUUUAGAGACUUGUUAGUUUGAGAACACGUUAGGGAUUCUGAGCAGUUGUAAAUGUUCAGAAUUUUUGUUGAGUUAAAAAAACUGUACUGAAAAAAAUUCUCUUAUUCCUUACUGAAUUACACUCAGGUGUUUACAUAUAAUGGACAAACCCAUGACAUCAUAUCAUUUAUGUAUGUAAAUAAGUAUGUGUAAGCAUUUUCUUUGACGGGGGUUAAUAUAUGCUGAUAUCAGGAAAAGACAACUGGACUUACGGAGCACUUUAUAUGCAGUUGAUUGUGCAUUUUCUUGUGAUGAAUUUCUACAUGUUUUAUACUUACAUCUGCGUGUAUAUUUUGGAGAUUAAUACUGAAAUAACGGGCUGCAUGUUUCUGGUCAAAAUCUGACUUCAUUAAGUAGGAUCUGAUGUUUAAUCCUGAAGAAAAUAACUUAUUGGUUAUCCGCUCUGAGAUCACAGUGUCGUUAUUGUACAGUGUACAUCUGUCUCAGACAUCAGAAUGAGCCACUAGUCAGAUUGGCUGCAGAAAUCAUAAAUAUUCAUUAGCAAUCUACCUCUUGCGUAUUUAUGUGGCGUGGUUGUGCUGUCAAAGAUUGUAUGAGGAAUGACAGAGUGCUGAAGUGCAGAUCUCUACACUGUGAAGAUGGAUGCAUGUACCCAUCUAGAGGUCUGUCAUACAGCUGUAGCUAUCACGGUAUAUCCACAGUCUGGCCACAGUCAGCACAUUUUGGUUUUGCUCAACAAAUUGCAUUUUAUUUUGCAGCAAAUCAGACCAAAUCUGGCUAUCAAAAAAACAUGAGCCUCCUGUGCCCAGCUCCAUGGCAGCCAGUUCUGUGGGUAUUACGUGCCCAUGUGAGAAACACAAGCCUAUAUUGUCCUGUGCCCAUCUCCAGGGCAGCCAGUACUGUGGGAAUUACGUGCACAUGUGAGAAACAUGAGCCAACAUUGUCCUGUGCCCAGCUCCAUGGCAGCCAGUUCUGUGGGUAUUACGUGCCCAUGUGAGAAACAUGAGCCAACAUUGUCCUGUGCCCAGCUCCAUGGCAGCCAGUACUGUGGGUAUUACGUACCCAUGUGAGAAACAUGAGCCAACAUUGUCCUGUGCUCAGCUCCAUGGCGGCCAGUUCUGUGGGUAUUACGUGCCCAUGUGAGAAACAUGAGCCAACAUUGUCCUGUGCCCAGCUCCAUGGCAGCCAGUAGUGUAGGUAUUACGUGCCCAUGUGAGAAACACAAGCCUAUAUUGUCCUGUGCCCAGCUCCAUGGCAGCCAGUUCUGUAGGUAUUACGUGCCCAUGUGAGAAACACAAGCCUAUAUUGUCCUGUGCCCAGCUCCAUGGCAGCCAGUUCUGUGGGUAUUACGUCCCCAUGUGAGAAACACAAGCCUAUAUUGUCCUGUGCCCAGCUCCAUGGCAGCCAGUACUGGAGGUAUUACGUCCCCAUAAGAGUUACACAAGCCUAUAUUGCACACUUUCAAGCGUGUAGGGCUUCAGUGGUUUUGUACAACAGGAUCCCUUGUGAUAAUACCUGGGGCAGUUUAGCGGAAUUCAAUUUUGUCAUAAUUUGACCAGAAAUGUGCAUGUUGUGUUGUUGUAAUGUACAUAUUACAGGUACAUGUAUAUGUGGAGUAAAUUUCCUGUCUGACAUAUCACAACAUUGCACGGAUAUCCUUGGCUAGCUAUUGGCCUGUAGUUGUUUAUAAGCGAAUUUGUUUUAUAUUAAGUAAUGACAUGUAUAUAUCAGAUGUAUCAGAAUUUUGAGAAGAAUGCAAUUUUGUUUGUCUAUGUGAUGACUCAACAUUUCAUGUGGAUAGCCUGUCAGUGACUUUUAGUUAAUUUACAGAAAUUGUGGAGAAAAAAAAAAUAUUUAUAUAUGUAUAAAUUUGAAUUCUGUGUAACUUAUAAUAUAUUGUCAGGUUUCUUUUUUACAUGUGCAUAUUUAAAUGGGGAAAUCCCUAAUGUAAGUUGUCUUGUCUUGGAUUAUAAAUAUAAAAUUUAAAAAAGGAAUAUUCUGUGUAUACCUUAACUGAAAGAACUAUACUUAAGGUUAAUAAAAGAUUUCUACCAGCAUUGCUUGUUAUUUGAGAAUUUGAUAGUUAAACAUUGAAGGCAUAGAUGUUUCUUUGGCUUGGUUCUCAUUGUGCUUGGCUUUGUGCAGUAGCUGUUCAUGGCAUGGCAUUUCAGACAUAGGUUGGCAGCCUACAGCCACGCAUGUAGGCAUGACUCUCUAGUACAUACCAAACUCUUCCUUUUUAAGGGUUGUUUUUGCAGACCUUAAAAUCCACGAUGAUCACGAUAUAUGUAUGUAUUUAGCCGAGGCUGGAAAUGAGCCAAUCAUUUGGUCCUUGUGGGAGUAAAACCUUAAGCACCUUGAUGGCACAAUGAAUAUUCAAGUGGGAGAAAGGAGGCUUUUCAUUGGACAAGCCUAAAACAUGGCGGGACUUUCAAUUUACCUCGAAUUGAUGGAUUUUUUAGAAAACCAUGAUGUUCAAAACCAUUUGUUUUUUGCAAAAACUUUUUAAAAAUCUAAAAGAUAGAAUUCCACACAGUUUGUAUAGCUCUUUCAUUUAAGGUAUGUGAUGUAUAAAUAUGUUCUUUUUGUAAGGUGUUAUUAUUCACCUCACCUGAGUCUGUAUAACAAUAUGCCAGUAUUGACAUUGUGUUCAGAAUUUUAACUCCAGAGACCAAGCAAAUAAAUCAAAAUUACUUCCUCACAUAUAUAUGUACAUUUACAUUAUAGACAGCAAGCUGCUAACAUACAGUUUGCAUGUUUGGCGUUAGAGUGUUACCUCCUUUUGCUGUGUUACCUCUUUUUGUAUGCUGUCAGUAUGACCACUUUGUUACUGUUAACCCACUUCCAAUGUAUACAAUCUACCUGCUUCACCUGGAUUCAUGACCUGCCAUACAACACAUCCAAAGUAACUCAACAGCUGUAUAGGGGUUGAGGUCAGAGCUCGUAGGUGGACAGCACUUGUGAUAAAACUUGUGUUAAAUACAUACACCAGAACAUGUCCAUCUUCCUGAAGAGCAAGAGGUCUUGUUAUGUUUAUUUGAUUUUGUACAUUUCAGUGUUGAAAAAAAAACUGCUCAUACAUACAAGAUUUGAUCAAAAAAUACCCAGACUAGCCCAUGUAGUUUUGAACUUUUAAUUCAAAUUGAAAUUGUGUCCAUGAAGAUAGUCCCAGACAACACCUACAUCGCUGCCAAGGUCUUUACAACUCGUGAACACACACCAUGGAGUCAUUGUGAGGAGACUGACUGCAUUGUUACCGUACUCUUUAACCUAGACUAUUUGUAAACUAGUUUAAAAAUACCAAAGUACAGAAGCCAUAAAUUUGACACUUUAUUGAGAUAUUUUAUCAAAUGAAAUCAACUACAACCUGUUCACAAAUGCUGCCCAUAUGAUUCUAUUUAUUUUUGCGCUCACCUAAGCAAAUUUUGACCAAUACAUGCAAUCAGGGUAUAUUUUGAUCAAACUUUGUAUAUUUAUACCUUGCUUAUAUUUAUACCUUGCUUUCUGUUAUUCCUUGGGAUCUUAUCUUAUGACUGUGAUCAAACACUUGUGUAUGUAGCCUAGCCUAUUUAACCUUGUAAAGUGUCUCAAUAUUCACAUCAUUGUUGGGUGCCCAUGAGUUGUUGACACUCU